AUGCAAGUGAACAAUAGGUUUAUCCAUUCAAGUUCAUUUUUAACAACUCGAAAAAUUUUGCAUAAAACACACCACGUGUCACCAUUACGACAAUUCCAAAAUAAUUCACCCAUACAAUAUGCUCGAUAUGCUCAAUGUGUUCUGUAUCAUUCAAGAAAGAGUCCAUUCACCUUGCCUAAUGAAUUACGACUUCUUCGUAAUGCACAAGUUUCUAAAGACCUAAUAAAGGAAGCGAAAGAAAAGGAGUCAAUUACACAUAAAGCCUUACAAUUCGAAAAAGCAGAAGCAAAUAUGGCUGAAAAAGUUUCUAAUACUGUUAUUAAGAAAAAACCAUUAUCUACCAGGAUAAAGGAUGAAUUAAUUCAUUAUUGGCAUGGAACCAAACUUCUUGGUUUAGAAAUAAAAAUUUCUACAAAGCUUUUAUACAAGCUUUUAAAAGGUCAAAAAUUAACUCGACGAGAAUUUCGACAGCUUAAACGAACCACACAAGAUUUAGUUCGAUUGGUUCCAUUUGCGGUUUUUAUAAUUGUACCUUUUAUGGAAUUUCUCUUGCCAGUAGCACUUAAAUUGUUUCCAAACAUGUUACCAAGCACUUUUGAAGAUAAAUAUGCAAAGGAAGAAAAAAAAAGAAAAUUACUUAAAGUGCGAUUGGAGAUGGCCAAAUUUUUACAAGAGACAAUUUCCGAAACUGGAGUACCAGGACAACAUCAAGAAGCAAAAGAAUUUACUGAUUUCUUUCGCAAGGUUCGCUCAACUGGAGAGCAAGCCAAUACAGAAGAUUUAAUUCGUGUAGCUAAACUUUUUGAAGAUGAGUUAACUUUAGAUAAUUUAUCUCGUCCCCAACUAGUUAGCAUGUGUCGUUAUAUGAAUAUCAAUGCUUUUGGGACGGAUAAUUUUUUGAGAUAUCAAAUCAGGAAUAAAAUGAAGGCUAUUCAUAAUGAUGACAAGAUGAUUAUGAGUGAAGGAGUUGAUUCACUUACCGUUCCCGAACUUCAACAUGCUUGUCAAUCACGUGGAAUUCGUACGAUUGGAGUAUCUCCAGCUCGUUUACGUAGCGAAUUACAACAAUGGUUAGAUCUUCAUCUGAAUCAUAAAAUUCCAUCUACUCUUUUGAUUCUUUCCCGAGCAUUUAGUUUUGCUGAUCGAUCUGAAUUAGGAGAUCAAAAUGAAGCUCUUAGCGCAACAUUAAAUAGUUUACCGGAUAAUCUUGUCAAUGAAAAAGAAUUACAAGUGAUGGAGGAUGAUGGAACUGCAACUUACAAACAAAAACUUGAGGUCUUAGAAGAGCAAGAAGAAUUAAUUGCUGACGAAAAAGCUCAAGAGGAGGAAGCUGCUCGACGUGCUCAAAAGGAAAAAGAUGAAGCUGCUAAAGAAGCGGUUCUUUCGGAAAAAAAGGUACCCGAGGAAGAAGAUGUACGCAUGACAGAACAACAAUUACAAGAAUUACGUGCAGCAUUAUCUAUUCUUUCAUCGAAGUCAGCUGAUAUUCAAGAAUUAAAGGAUACUGGUAAGGCUCAAGAAUCCAAGUUAUCUAAUCGCCUUGGAUCAAGAUUAGAAAAAAUGAUUCAAAAAAUUGACAAAGAAUUGGAGCAAUAUGAUACAGAAGUUGGAUCAAAAUUAAAUAUCAUUCAAGCCAAUGAAAGUGGACAAAUUAGUGUGAAUGCUUUAGAAGAAGCAUUAAGAAUUAUUAAACAUACUCCAGGUGAUAAUGAAAGAAUUAAAAAAAUAGUUAAAAAAUUAGAUGCUGAUGGUGAUGGAUUAGUAUUCUUGGAUCAUAUUUCUGAACUAUGCACUGAAGGAGAAGGAUUAGGUGUUUUGGUAGAAAAAGAAAAUGAAUCUAAUAAAGAAGAAAAAGUGAAGAAACCAAAAAAAGAGGAUAUUGUAGUACAAAGUUAA